GCUGUCAGCAGCGGGGGCCGCCGGCCCGCGGCGAUCUGCGGACCGCAGGGCUCGCUCGCGCCUCGGUGCCGGCCGCCGCCUCCGCGCCGUCCGGACAGCCGGGCAUGGGCGCAGGCGUCGGCGGCGGCACGAUGAGCACCCUGGGCAGCCCUGUCCGCGCUUACGACUUCCUGCUCAAGUUCUUGCUGGUGGGCGACAGCGACGUGGGCAAAGGGGAGAUCCUGGCGAGCCUGCAGGAUGGCGCAGCCGAGUCCCCGUACGGCCACCCGGCGGGCAUCGACUACAAGACCACCACCAUCCUGCUGGACGGCCGGAGGGUGAAGCUACAGCUCUGGGAUACAUCCGGGCAGGGAAGAUUUUGUACCAUAUUCCGCUCCUACUCUCGGGGCGCACAGGGUGUGAUCCUGGUCUAUGACAUCGCAAACCGCUGGUCCUUUGAUGGCAUCGACCGGUGGAUCAAGGAAAUAGACGAGCACGCCCCUGGCGUCCCUAAAAUCCUAGUGGGGAACCGCCUGCAUCUGGCCUUCAAGCGGCAGGUCCCCACAGAGCAAGCGCAGGCCUACGCGGAGCGGCUGGGCGUCACCUUCUUCGAGGUCAGCCCUCUGUGCAACUUCAACAUCACCGAGUCCUUCACAGAGCUGGCCAGAACCGUGCUGCUGCGGCACGGGAUAGACCGGCUCUGGAGGCCGAGCAAGGUGCUCAGCCUGCAGGACCUGUGCUGCCGCGCAGUGGUGUCCUGCACGCCCGUGCACCUGGUGGACAAGCUGCCGCUGCCCAUGGCCUUGAGGGGCCACCUCAAGUCCUUCUCCAUGGCCAGCGGCCUCAACGCCAGGAUGAUGCAUGGCCGCUCCUACUCGCUGGCCGCCAGCUCCGCGCACAAGAGGAGUGGCCUCCGCAAAGUGAAGGCCGCCCGGCCGCCCCAGAGCCCGCCCAAGCGCUGCCCCCGGAACAGCUGUAAGGUCUCUUGAAGACGGCGCCGGCACAGACACGGAGCAGCCCCACGCGGGGCGGACGGACGGGUCGGAGGGCCCCGGGAGCCCGGCCCAGGCCCGGGAAAGCACCUGCCGGUCUCGCGGUAAGACCUGUCGCGGUGACUGAGCCCCUCCGUGCAGCGGAAACACAGCCCGACCGACGGUUCCCUGUGGACGUGCAUGAAGCUCUCGUUUUAAACGUGUGUUUAAAUGUUGUCCCGGGGACGGGCCGUCUGCUCUGCUCUGGAGGACAGCGGCACAGCUUGUCCUCAGCACGACUGCUUUUCCAGGAGCAGCCACACGCGUGUGACGAGUGUGACUCCAGGGACUCUGGGAGGCAACGGGAGAGACUUCAGUCCUCGACCUGCCGAGGGCCUUUCUGUAAACCUCCUCUUUACAGUGAAGUGCGAGUCCCCAGAGGGGGUGCCCGCGGGUCCAACACGGAUCUGAUAAAGGUUUUGCUAUGUUGUUUACCAUGUUUGGGAAUUAAUAAGUGUUUACAUGCAUAUUUUUCUGUAAAUCUACAUUUUUUGUACAAGAUGUUCCACAAAUUAUGAAGCAAAGGGAAGAAAAUGCCAAAGAUAUUUCUUGUUGUGUCCGACGGCCACAGCAUAGUCACAGCAGACCCAGACCGGCAAGGAAAUUAUCACCCGGAGCCGUUUCAGUAAGGAAAGAAGUGGACACUGUUACUCAAGAAAAUGUUUCUCGACAAUAAAAUGUACACUUGUUUCUUGGUA